CGCGAGGUUUGGACCGAGUGGGCGUGUCCUAGGUGCCACGUCAGGUUUUAAGCCCGGUGUUGCUAACGGAUCCGGGAGAGCGGAGAGAGGGAUCUGGAGAAAAGGGUCACCGGGGGACGCUCUGGCCUCGUUCUCCCCACGACUCUAUGCCCCUGGAGGACUGUAGCCCCAGAAGAAGAGUCAAUGGUCAAGAUGGUGGUGUGCUGGCGGCCGUGGAACAUGGUGACCCUCCUGGUGGCCUGUUCUGUAUUGCUGCUUCUGCUGGGGAUGUCAUCUGCACAGCACGAAGGCUUCCACGGCCAUGCGCACGAGGACUUGCACCACGGACACAGCCAUGAGGAUUUGCACCACGGCCACAGCCACGCCGACCACGGCCACACGCACGAGCACCUCUGGCGCGACCCCGCUGAGCACCACCACCAUCAUGAUGACCACGAGGACUUGCACCACGGCCACAGCCAUGAGGAUUUGCACCAUGGCCACAGCCACGCCGGCCACGGCCACACACACGAGCACCUCUGGCGCGACCCCGCUGAGCACCACCACCAUGAUGACCAUGAGGACUUCCACCACGGCCACAGCCACUUGCACGAGGGACCCCGCCACGGUCACAGCCACAGCCACGCACAGGAAGGGGCCCACAGCCACCUUCAUGGGCAUUCGCACGAGGACCACGUUGGUGGCCCCAGCCAGGGCGGGGCCUUCCCCAACCACGAGAGGCCCCCUCCCAGGAGAGAGAAGCUGGAGACAGCGUGGCUGUGGACUUACGCCAUCGGGGCCACGUUGCUGAUCAGUGCGGCGCCCUACUUCAUCCUCUUCCUGAUCCCGGUGGAGUCCAACUCCGCCCAGCACCAGGCCUUGCUCAAGCUGCUGCUCAGCUUCGCCUCGGGGGGGCUCCUGGGAGACGCCUUCCUCCACCUCAUCCCCCACGCCUUGGAGCCCCAUUCCCACCACGGGGACACAGCCGGGCACCCCCACUCCCACGCCGGGCCCACUGGACACGGACACUCCCACCAGGGCCCUGAGCACCAGCACAUGAUGUCAGUGGGCCUGUGGGUCCUGGGGGGCAUUGUGGCCUUCCUGGUGGUGGAGAAGUUUGUGCGGCACGUCAAGGGGGGGCACAGCCACGGGCACGGCCACAGCCACGCCUCCAAGGCCAAGAGCAGUGAUGACGAAGGAGAGAAGGCAGUCCUCAAGAAGAAGGAGAAGGAGAGGAAGGCCCCUGGGAGCAACAUGCGCGUGGCUGGCUACCUGAACCUGGCGGCGGACUUUGCGCACAACUUCACGGACGGCCUGGCGCUGGGGGCCUCCUUCCUGGCCGGAAGCACUGUGGGCGCCGUCACCACCCUCACCGUCCUGCUCCACGAAGUGCCCCACGAGGUCGGGGACUUCGCCAUCCUCGUCCAGUCCGGCUGCAGCAAGCGCAAGGCUAUGAAGCUGCAGCUGGUGACGGCGCUGGGGGCGCUGGCGGGGACGGUGGUCUCUCUGCUGGCGGAGGGGGCGGGGGAGGCGGCCACGGCCUGGAUCCUGCCCUUCACGGCCGGGGGCUUCAUCUACGUGGCCACCGUCUCGGUCCUGCCGGAGCUGCUCCAGGAAUCCGGCCCGAUCCAGUCCCUCCUGCAGGUGAUGGGCUUGGUGGCAGGCGUGGCCAUGAUGGUCUUCAUCGCCCAGUACGAGUAGCCGCCCUUCCCGGACAGCGGGCGCUUCCCUCGAGGAGACAAAGGGAGCGCCAGAACUUCCUCACUUCCCCCACUUUGUGGGGCGCUGUGAAGACCCGUCAAGAGAGGAAGCGUGCCUCGUACUCCCGGGAGCCAACUCUUCCGCCCUGGUGGGCUUCGGAUUUCCUGGUCCUCCGGGAGCACCGUGAGGACCCUGCAAUUAGGAAGUGAAUCUGUUACUCUAGGAAGCCAACAAUUCUUUGUCAUUUUGUCCAGAUUUCCCUUUCCUCUCGAGCAAAGAGGAAGCGCUCCAGAGGGCCAACUUGUCGAGAUUUCAUGUUCCUCCUGCCCUCCAGGGGGCGCCAUGAAGUGAAGAGGAAGUCGGUCUGGGACUCCAGAGAGUUCAACUCUUCUGUCCCGACUCGUCCAGGAGGACACAGAACGAUGGUGGUUGGGAUUAAUAUGGGAUGUGGAAGGGGAUGGGACAUCUCCAGCGGGAUGCGUCUGGAUAUGAUGGUGGUUGGGAUAAUUAUGGGAUGUGGAAGGGAAUGGGAUAUCUCCGGCGGGAUUCAUCUGGACUCUGAUAACGACGACAAGGGCUUUGUUGUUGGGUUGAGUGAUGGGACUUGCGAUCCUUCUUGUCUUCGGUCUCAUGGGCCAAAGCCCCCCCUACUAAUGAAUGGGGAAGGGGCCAUCGGGAAAAAGGACCAAAACAAGAAGGAAUUCAUACACAAAUUGGGACACUUGGAAUCGUCUUGAGGACAAUAUCGCACAACGCUGUCGUUCCACUUCUAAUGGUUCCAAUGGAAUCCUGGGACUUGUAGUACACAGGGAGGGACCUUGAAAGUUCUCCUGGGCUUAUUACUCAACUACAGAUCCCAGGGUUCUGCCUGAGGGAGCCGUCGUAGUGGAGUAACAGCUAAUGUGAUUCCGCCUUAAGGCUGAAAGUGGUCUACAAGAAGGGAUUCAUUCACAAAUUGGGACACUUGAAAUCGUCUUGAGGACAAUAUCGCACAACGCUGUCGUUCCAUUUCUAAUGCUUCCAAUGGAAUCCUGGGACUUGUAGUUCAGAGGGAAGGACCUUUAAAGUUCUCAACCAGAGAGAACACAUGUUCCUCAACUACAAAUCCCAGGGUUCUGCCUGAGGGAGCCGUCGUAGUGGAGUAACAACUUAUGUGAUUCUGCCUUAAGGCUGAAAGUGGUCUUUGUGACUACGCCUCCCACAAUCCCCUGCCCAGGCUGGUGUGUGGGGAUUCUGGGAGUUGUAGUCCCUCCUUUCUCUGACUGGGUGGGGACAUUGUUCGAAAAAUCAUGGUUCCAGAAUGUAUAUAACGGUGGAAAGUGGGGGCCAGGUUAGAGUUUCGUGGCUGGUUUUCCAGGCCUUUGGAACUUGGGUGUUGCUUGUGGGGAUGAUGGGAUGCUUAGUCUCCCCAGUGGGCCACCAAAAAAAUAGGUAGUAAAAGAGACCCCCAAGUUUCUUGGAAGGCAGGCAUGGGCAAACUUGGGCCCUCCAGGUGUUUUGGACUUCAACUCCCACAAUUCCUAACAGCCUAUCGGCUGUUAGGAAUUGUGGGAGUUGAAGUCCAAAACACCUGGAGGGCCCAAGUUUGCCCAUGCCUGCCUUCCAAGGGCUGUCGGAAUGGUACAUUUCUUUUUAUAUGCAUAUCUAUAUAUUUACAUGAUAUCUUUUGGAAUCUUAGGCUGUUAGGAAUUGUGGGAGUUGUAGUCCAAAAUGCCCGCCGGGCCCAAGUUUGCCCAUGCCUGUAGUAGAGCAUUACACGGGGUGUUAUGAUGGAAGAAAGCUAAUUUGGGAUCAGUUUCAAAUACUAAAUUGUGGCAACUGAAAUUUGUACGUUGGUUGUGAGUCAUGCUGAAAACGAAGGAAGAAAGGAACAGAAUCCGGGACAUUUUCAGCGUAGCUGGGGAAAUAGGAAGGCGGAGAAUUAAUCCAUGCAUCGUGUUUUGAUUAUUUUGAUAGAAUUCUAAGUGAUUUCAUUCCAUUUCUAUAUGCUGUAGAUUUUUAAUUGCCCCUCCUUUUUUUAAAAGAAAAAUGUUGUGAUCUGCUUUGGGUCUUGAUCAAGAGAGAGAAAAAUUGGUAUAAAUAUAACAUGAUUAUUUUAAAAACCAACAUGUUUAUAAACUCUUUUCAACAUUGAGAAAGGCGGUAAUUGUCCAAUACAUCACCGAUACCACCAAUCCAUCUAUUAAAACAGCCCUCCCCUCCGUCUAAAAACAUUGAUCAUGACGUUUUUGAAAUGUUAAGUGUAGUUGGAUAGAACUUACUCAACCUUGAAGCCAUUUCAAAGCUCCCUGUUUGAGCAUUGAUGGCAUGAUCGUCAGCAUAGAGGAAACUCUCUGCCCCUUCUGGCAGGGGCUGGUCAUUGGUUUUUCUGUACAUUAUAGCUGUAUUCUCAAUUCGCUUCUGACGUGAUCUAUAUAAAUAACAAUGUAGUAUUGUCGAAGGCUUUCAUGGCCGGAA